GCGGAAGCGGGGACGGCAGAGCCUGAGCCGGAAGCGGAAGCGGCGGCGGGCGGCUUCCUGCCUGGGCAGCGGCGGAGGUUGGAGCUGGGGGCCGCGCUCGCCCGGGGCUGCGGCGGCGGCCGCGGGAGGAUGAGGCGGGCAGAAAUGAAGCACGGGAAAUCAUCACAUCCAAAGGUAAGGGAUCUCUUGAUCUCGAGGAGUAACCUUGAGAAGUGUCCCUGCUUAGGGGGAAGAUCCUGGCAUGCAGCCUGCCGCAGUACAGGAAGCUCAGCGGGCUCUGGACUCUCCCCUGUUUAUGGGGAUUUACUUGGAGUAAAAGAUCACUGAUUACUACAAUGGAAAAGUCAUGGGUGCUUUGGACCUUUGUUGAAAGAUGGCUACUAGCUUUGGCUUCCUGGUCUUGGGGUCUCUGCCGUAUUUCUCUUUUACCUUUGAUAGUAACUUUUCACUUGUAUGGAGGCAUUAUACUACUCAUACUGAUAUUUGUGUCAAUAGCAGGUAUAUUAUAUAAAUUCCAGGAUGUGCUGCUUUACUUUCCUGAACAGCCCUCUUCAUCACGUCUUUAUGUUCCCAUGCCUACUGGUAUACCACAUGAAAAUAUCUUCAUCAAAACCAAAGAUGGAGUUCUUCUCAAUCUUAUUCUGCUGAGAUACACAGGGGACAAUGCAGCAUAUUCUCCAACCAUCAUUUACUUUCAUGGCAAUGCAGGCAACAUUGGCCACAGGUUGCCAAAUGCUUUGUUAAUGCUGGUGAACCUGAAAGUAAACUUAAUCCUUGUUGAUUAUAGAGGGUACGGAAAAAGUGAAGGAGAAGCAAGUGAAGAAGGUUUGUACUUAGAUUCUGAGGCUGUGUUAGACUAUGUGAUGACUCGGUCCGAUCUUGAUAAAACAAAAAUUUUUCUCUUUGGCCGUUCCCUGGGGGGAGCAGUAGCUGUUCAUUUAGCUUCUGAAAAUUCCCAUAGGAUUUCCGCCAUCAUGGUCGAGAACACCUUUCUUAGCAUCCCACACAUGGCCAGCACUUUAUUUUCUUUCUUUCCAAUGAGAUACCUUCCCUUAUGGUGCUACAAAAAUAAAUUUCUGUCCUACAGAAAAAUCUCUCAGUGCAGAAUGCCUUCACUCUUCAUCUCUGGGUUGUCUGACCAGUUAAUUCCACCAGUCAUGAUGAAGCAACUUUAUGAAUUAUCCCCAGCUCGGACUAAGAGAUUGGCAAUUUUUCCUGAUGGAACUCAUAAUGACACUUGGCAGUGCCAGGGAUAUUUCACUGCACUUGAACAGUUCAUCAAAGAAGUAAUAAAGAGUCACUCCCCUGAAGAAAUGGCGAAAACGUCAUCUAAUGUAACAAUAAUAUAACUGAUAUUCUUCUUUGGGGUCGGGGGAGUACCUGCACUGUACCUUGGUUUGUGAAAAGUGGUGAAAGAAUGUCAAUUUUUACAUGUGUGUCAUGUCUGUACUUGCCUAAAGAGUGAAAUUAAAGUUGGAAAGGUCUGAUGCUUUAUUAAGAUGUUCCAGAUAACUUUUACAUUUGCAGCAUUGUAAAUGAACCAUUUUGUCUUUCUCAUACUUUUUUGAUAUGUCCAUAUAAUCCAUUUGUUUGAUAUGUACAACAGAUGCUAUUAAAAGAAAAAAAAAAAACUUGC